AUUCAAAUACACAAUAAUAUAUAUAUAGUCUCAAAAAUGGGGAGCACAGAAAUAAACAUUAGCAAUGCUAAUGAAGAUGUUGAGCUCCUCAAAGCACAUGCCGAGGUGUACAACCAUCUCUUUGGCUACGCCGAUACCCUUGCCCUAAGAACAGCCGUGGAGCUCCGCAUUGCGGACAUAAUCCACUCCCAUGGCCACCCAAUAACCUUAUCUCAAAUAGCCUCGAAAAUCGAGGCUCCCUCCCUAGAUGUCACGUACCUUGGACGUGUCAUGAGAAUGCUAGUCCGUAAAAAAAUAUUCACCAUAGAAUAUAAUAACCAGACAUCAGGUGAAGAAGUCGUACCCUUAUAUGGUAUAACCACAACAUCUAAGUGGCUCUUGUACGAUCAAGACCUUAGCCUUGCCCCUAUGUUCCUAACCCUUUCGGACCCUUUGAUCACGAAACCAUGGUACGAGUUUAGUCGUUCGAUUAAGGAGGGUGGGAUGCCAUUUGUUAAGGCACAUGGAAUGUCUGUUUGGGAAAUGGCAUCUAAAAAUAAAGAGUUCAAUAAUUUGUUUAAUGUUGGAAUGACUGCUGCUACUAAACCUACCUUAGAUGCUGUUAUUAAAGGGUACAAAGAUGAGUUUAGUAAGUUGGAAGGAACAUUGCUUGUUGAUGUUGGUGGUGGUACCGGAAAUUUGAUGGCCGAAAUCCUUAAGGCGUACCCUAAGAUUAAAGGUAUUAACUUUGAUCUGCCUCCUACGGUUGCAAGUGCUCCUCAACAUUCCGGUGUCACCCAUGUUGGUGGCGACAUGUUUAAGGAGAUUCCGUCUGCUGAUAAUGUCAUCAUCAAGUCGGUCUUACACGACUGGGCAGAUAAGGAAUGCUUAACGAUCCUAAAGAACUGUCAAAAGGCGGUAUCUGAGAAGAAAGGAAGGGUGAUCAUAGUUGAUAUAGUUCUUCAUCCUGAUGGACAUGGGAUUUUUGACGACGCAACGAUUUCCCUUGAUCUUUUGAUAAUGGCCAAUACUGAUGGUGGCAAAGAGAGGACUGAAGAUGAAUGGAAGAAACUGCUGAAAGAAGCUGGUUUUACUCGCAUUAACUUCAUACCACUUCAAACUAUUAUGUCAUUUUCAGUUAUUGAGGCUUUUCUUCAGUAACUGUGAUUUAUAUAAGAAAUGUUGCCAGUUAAAAAAUCUUAGACUUUAGGCAGCAUUACUAUUGGAGAAAGAAUAAUAUGGACUCUUACAUUAUUGUUAUAACCUAUUAAUCUACGUUCAUUUGAGAAAGGUAGUCAAGAUGUAUGGUGAAAAUUGUUCUUUGUAUACGGACUACAUUAUGGAUUAUAAUAUGUGUAAUUUCUGUUUAAGUCAAGGUCAUAUAUGAAAUGUAACUAAUUUAAAGCUAGUAAAGGGAAACACCAAAAAUGGCAAAUAUUUAGUAAA